AUGCUUCAACAGGCUGUUCAACGAAUUGUGCAUUUGAGGCAAUAUAAUGGAUCUAUUUCCUUUGUGCCUGCACCUGGCUUUGAAGCUUAUGGGGAGCAUGCUAGUUACAACAACAUUAGUGAACCUACUAACCAUCACAAUAAAUGUGGUCCAAGUCCAGAGGAGCCUGUUAACAUUCGACAGCAUGGCUAUGAGGGACCUGAUAUUAACUUGGAGAACAUGGACUGGAGAACUAUCAGUGGGCCAUUCGUUUCAGUCUGGCUUCACAAUGUCCCUUGGGGGAGUGAAGACACAAAGGCAGCGCCUGAUGCCAAGUUCUCAGAUGGUUACCUAGACAUGAUAAUUAUGAGGGCUUGCCCAAAACUAUCCUUGCUCUCGUUGAUGUCAGGGUUGAGCACAGGAAGUCAUGUCAAUUCACCAUAUGUCGUGUACUUCAAGUUCAGAAAAACCAAAUUAUCAAGCAUUUAGUUUAGCUUUAAUAUUCCGUGUCUGCCUUUUGGUAUAUACAAGAAGCUUUACUAAUGUUCCACUUCUGUUUACGUUCUCUUUUAUCUCGCGACAUACUGCAGGUGAAAGCAUUAAUUUUGGAACCAGGUCCUCUCACUGAGGACCCCACAAGGGGAGGGAUUAUAGACUCAGAUGGUGAGGUCCUGGCUAGGGGCAAAGGAGCAUACAAAUGUGACCAAAAGACACUGAUGGCCUAUGAUAAACUUCAAAUAACUGUGGAUCAAGGUUUAGCUACUCUGUUUUCCCCGGUAUAAAGUCUACUUCUUAUCAUGUAUUUGAUUUUGGUUACACAUCGAGAUACCAAGCAGAAUCCACCCCGUACAAAGCUGCAAGGGGUACAAGCGAUUCGUUCGUCGGCAAGUUGCUUGCUGAAAAGUGAUUUUGUAACAGCUACCAAGAUUACUGUCGAAGUAAUGUGCAGUUUGUCUUUCACUCUUUUGCUUUGAUUUUACAAUUUUCUUUUGUUCUGAAACAGAUUUGUAGUACAGAAAUGCACACGACUCUGGUAAAUCCAGAGACCAUAUUUCAUUCCACCUUCUGAAAUACAUGUAUACAUGAGCAUUUCAAUGAUAGAAACCUUAAGACCAAAUGUGAAUGCAGAUUGCUGACUUACUUUCUAAGACAGGUAAUCUUUCUAUCAACAAGAAAAGAACCCCACUUUUUUUGUGUGGAAGCUUGUCAUUGUAGAGACUAGGGCCAACAAGUUCAUGUCACUUUUGGUCGCCCAAAAUCUCAUGUGACAAAUCUCUUUAAUCUCAAGCAUAUUCUCUGUGAAAAGUAAUCCAAUUGAAAAAAUGUAGUCAUGUGCAUACAAUACAACUGGAUAGCAAGCAUACAUGGCAAUGCCACAAAGACCUUCUGGAAAAAUCAUCAGCUUUGGGAAUUCUCCUCCUCCUUCAGGGCAGG